UCACGUGACAACCAUAGAUCACGUGACUGGAGUCUCAUCUUCGCGUGGUCUGUCCGGUCCUCCACUCUAUGGUUUUCGAUUAACGUGAAUUCGUAGAAAGAACCGAGGACCCGGAAGUUGCAUCGAGGGGCGGGGCUAUGACCAUGUGACUGGCCGUUCAUUGUUAUUGCUUGUCAUGUAGCGGAGCCGAGAGCGGACAACAAGCGGAACUAGCGCGGAGCAAGAGGUGAUGCUCCUCUCUCUGGUAGUCACAGGAUGGGCCCCAGACUCUACCCCUUACUCCUGGGGCUCCUACGCCCGGCGCUCCCCCUUAUCCUCGGCCUUUCCAUUGGCUGCAGCCUCAGCCUCCUGAGGGUCUCCUGGAUCCAGGAAGAGGAGGGCCCCUGUGUGGACAACCCCCUCACUGUUCACGGGCUACAGACCGGCCAACACGGGGCCCCAAUACAUGACCUGAAACCCCGAAUUAUUCCAUACAGCCGAAAGCCCCAUGCUCCACACAAGAAGGUGCUGAGGACCCGCUACAUCCAGUCAGAGCUUGGAUUCAGAGAGCGCCUCUCGGUGGUCGUCUUGUCCUCCCGCUCCACACUGAACUCGCUCGCUGUGGCUGUGAAUCGGACUCUUUCAACUCAUGUGAGCCAUUUAAUAUUCUUCGCAGGGGCCCGGGGCCCUAAGAUGCCCUCAGGAAUGGAAGUUGUGUCCCAUGGUGAUGAGAGGCCGGUAUGGGUGAUGUACCACACCCUGCGUUACCUGGUGACGCACCUUCUCUCCACGUUUGACUGGUUCUACAUCUCCCAGGAUGACACCUUCACCAAUGGCUUCCAUCUACAAGACUUUGUCAGUCACCUGAGCCCGGGGCCCCUAGUGUACAUUGGCCAACCAAUGGAGUUUAUAGGGGGCCAGGAAGGCUGGAGAUACUGUCAUGGUGGUGCUGGAUACCUUCUCUCCAGGGCCCUUCUCCUCAGCUUGGGGCCACAUUUGGAUUUCUGUCGUUCUGAUAUUUUAAGUUCCAGACCAGAUGAGUGGUUGGGGCGCUGCCUACAAGACACUCUGGGUAUUGCCUGUGGGGCAGAGGUUCAGGGCUUGCGAUUUGGUUCCUUUGUUCUUGCCAGAAAUGCCAAUGUAGAAAAUUUAGAUGAGGCCCUUUUGGGUUCUGCUCUUUCUGUUCACCCUGUGAAGGACGCUCUAGUGAUGUACAAGCUUCAGCAAAAGCUCAGCCAGAUAAGACUGGACAGGACAUACAGCAGGAUCCAGCGGCUCCAGAGUGAGAUCCGGAAUAUUUCCUCCUUCACUCCGGAUGGAGAAGCUGGGAUGUCAUGGCCCAUUGGGGUGAAUCCACCAUUUAUUCCAACAUCUCGCUUUGAUUUGUUGACUUGGGAAUAUUUUACAGAGAUGCACUCAUUCUCCUGCCCGGACGGGGCCCCUAAGUGUCCUCUACAGGGUGCAUGGCUGCUGGAUGUUCAGCAGGUCCUUGAAGAAGCUUUAGAUCAGCUCAAUGAGCGCUAUCUUCCAUGGCUGCACUUCAGAAAGCGUCGGCUGCUUAAUGGGUACAGACGCUUUGACCCAACCAGGGGGAUGGAGUACACACUGGACCUUCUGUUGGAAGCUACCACUGAAAGGGGUCAUGUGGGUGUGAUAGCCAAGCGCCUUAGCCUUCUGCGCCCUCUGGGUCUUGUGGAGAUUCUUCCUAUGCCAUAUGUGACAGAAGCCACAAGAGUACAGCUAGUAUUACCAUUACUGCCUUCUGACACCAGCCAUAUUGCAGGUUUUCUCGAUGCCUUUGCAACCAACCUUCUUGACCCUCAAGAAAAUGUGGCCCUGACUGUAUUACUAGUGUAUGAGGUUAGCUCAUCGGGGCAAGAGGAGGAUUUGUAUGAGGAGGCGCGUGCCAUGUUGACAGAACUGGAAAGACGUUACACAUUCCUACGCCUGGAGCUGUCCACUGUACGGACAGGGUUGCCAUCUCAGGUGCGCCUCAUGGAGGUGGUGUCUAAAAAACACUCAGUGGACACCCUCUUCUUUCUAUUGAGUGUGUGGAGCGAGGUAACAGCCGAGGUGCUGAACCGCUGCCGGAUGAAUGCCAUUGGUUCUUGGCAGGUGUUUUCUCCCGUCCACUAUCAGGAGUACAGCCCAGAGGUCUCGCCUCAUGGCUUCUCUGCUCCACAAUCUACAGAAUUCCCCCGUGAUGGACAUUUUGACCGUCUUUCUUCCUCAGAAUUCUGUUUCUAUAACUCAGACUUCAUGAGAGCUAGAAGCCGGAUGGCAGCGGAGGUGCGGGAGGAAGAGGACGAAGAUAAUGGUGAUAUAGAACUCCUGGAGCUGUUUCUACGUUACUCAGAGCUCCAUGUGUUUAGAGCCCUGGAGCCGGCCCUGGUGCACAGAUUCUCACUGAAAAAGUGCAGCACCCACCUCUCGGGUGAGGGCUACCACCGGUGUGUGCUAAGUAAUCUGGAAGCCUUGGGCUCGCGGGUCCACCUUGCUAUGGCUCUGUUUGACCAAGACCAGACUAACAGUACAUAGACCGCUGCCACAUGAAAGACUUUACAUAUCACAAAGGGUUAAUGAUAUCAAUGUUUUAUGCUGUUACCUGUAAAAUAUGCAAAUGAAAUAUAUUUAUACUAUAUGUGAAGAAAGCCUUUGGGUCGGUGAGCGGGGGCCUCGGGGUUGUAUUUUCCACCAUAUUGUUAUCUAUAUCGCGGGUCAUUCUGCUAUCCUGUCUGCUCCUGUCGAUUACAUCAGAACACAUGAUCAGUUGAUUAUGACCGCUCUGGGCUCUGUUGGAGUUGGAUUGGUUAGCCUCAUUAGUCUACAAGGACUGCUGACUGGCUAUAAAGUUGUGGGGAGAGAAGUGGAAUGAUACAGUAGGUCUCGGUCAUGCUGUUCUUUGCCCCGUCCGCUGCCCAAAUGUCACAGAGAGCGCCCCUGGCCCUGCUUCUUAUGUAUGUGUCACCGCUCCAAUAGUCUUCUGAUUGGACACUAAAACUGUCAAUCAAACACGAGAGGCUGAGCCAGGGAAAUGGGGACAUGCAAGAAGAAGAGCCCGCCUCUUAUGGCAGCGGCUAGGAUUUACCUUGGCCAUGUAGGCAGCAUGACCGAGACCUAAGGUAUCAUUCCCUCUCUGAGAUUCAGGCUAUUAGCAGUUUUGGUAACUCGAAACUGCUAAUUGAUUCUCCUUGGCAUGUGCAGUGUUGUGUGGAUUAUAUGUGUGCUUGGUGCCUUUGUUUUCUGUGUUCCCUGUAUUCCUCUAUUACCUUAAUCUAGCCUAGUUUUGUCCCUAGACAGUACGUUUCUGUUUGGUUUUUGUUCCUUGUACGGUUUCCCCUCGGUUCCAUCUUGUUCAGUCUUGCUUUUCCUUGGUUUUUGUCUCGGGGCCUUAGUGUCCACCUGUUUGUGUUAGGGUAAGUAUUGCAGAACAAGGUUUUCAUUAGGGAUUUUGUAAGGACAAUAAAGGCCAGCACUGGCUGAGGUUAGGAUCAGUGUUUAGAAAGAGAUCUAAGAAGGUUUUCAAGGAUACUCAUUGUGGACAAAAGGAUUGACCCCCACACACACACAUUCCGCUCACAGAAGAUUUUAGGAAAUCCCAUCCCAAAUGCAUAGACAUUGAUGUGGAGUCUUUGCUUCUGCUCUUCUCUGAAGAUUUUCUACAAGAUUUUUAAAGUAUCUGUCGAAAUCUUUGCCCAUUCAUUCAGACGAUCAUUUGUGAAGUCAGGGCUGGGCUCUGUAUUGGAUGGGGUUGAGGGCUGUACUCCUAGUCUCUGUUCUGGAUGGAGUUGAGGGCCAGACACACAGUCUCUGUUCCGGAUGGGGUGGAGGGCCAGGCCCACAGUCUCUGUUCUGGAUGGGGUGGAGGGCUGGGCUUAGUGUCUCUGUUCUGGAUGGUAUUGAGGGCUGGGCUCACAGUCUCUGUUCUGGAUGGGGUUGAGGGCCGGGCUCACAGUCUUUGUUCUGGAUAGGGUUGAUGGCCGGGAUCAGUGUCUCUGUUCAGGAUGGGGUUGAGAGCCGGGCUCACAGUCUUUGUUCUGGAUGUGAUUGAGGGCCGGGAUCAGUGUCUCUGUUCUGGAUAGGGUUGAGGGCCGGGCUCACAGUCUCUGUUCUGGAUGGAGUACAGGGCUGGGCUCACAGUCUCUGUUCUGGAUGAUAUUGAGGGCCGGGCACACAGUCUCUGUUCUGGAUAGGGUGGAGGGCUGGGCUCAGUGUCUCUGUUCUGGAUGGUAUUGAGGGCUGGGCUCACAGUCUGUUCUGGAUGGGGUUGAGGGCCGGGCUCGUAGUCUCUGUUCAGGAUGGGGUUGAGGGCCGGGCUCGCAGUCUCUGUACAGGAUGGGGUUGAGGGUCGGGCUCACAGUCUCUGUUCAGUAUGGGGUUGAUGGCCGGGCUCACAGUCUCUGUUCUGGAUGGGUUUGAGGGCUGGGCUCACAGUCUCUGUUCUGGAUGGGGUUGAGGGCCGGGCUCACAGUCUUUGUUCUGGAUAGGGUUGAUGGCCGAGCUCACAGUCUCUGUUCAGGAUGGGGUUGAGAGCCGGGCUCACAGUCUCUGUUCUGGAUGGGGUUGAGGGCCGGGCUCACAGUCUUUGUUCUAGAUAGGGUUGAUGGCCGGGCUCACAGUCUCUGUUCUGGAUGGGAUUGAGGGCCGGGAUCAGUGUCUCUGUUCUGGAUGGAGUACAGGGCUGGGAUCACAGUCUCUGUUCUGGAUGAUAUUGAGGGCCGGGCACACAGUCUCUGUUCUGGAUAGGGUGGAGGGCUGGGCUCAGUGUCUCUGUUCUGGAUGGUAUUGAGGGCUGGGCUCACAGUCUGUUCUGGAUGGGGUUGAGGGCCGGGCUCACAGUCUUUGUUCUGGAUGGGGUUGAGGGCCGGGCUCACAGUCUUUGUUCUGGAUGGGGUUGAGGGUCGGGCUCCCAGUCUCUGUACAGGAUGGGGUUGAGGGUCGGGCUCAGAGUCUCUGUUCAGGAUGGGGUUGAGGGCCAGGCUCACAGUCUCUGUUCUGGAUGGGGUUGAGGGCCGGCUCACAGUCUCUGUUCUGGAAGGGGUUGAGGGUCGGGCUUAAAGUCUCUGUUCUGGAUGGUAUUGAGGGCCGGGCUCACGGACUCUGUGCUGGAUGGGGUUGAGGGCCGGCCUCACAGUCUCUGUUCUGAAUGGGGUGGAGAGCCGGGCUCACAGUCUCUGUUCAGGAUGGGGUUGAGGGUCGGGCUCAUAGUCUCUGUUCUGGAUAGGGUUGAGGGCCGGGCUCACAGUCUCUGUUCUUGAUGGGGUUGAGGGCCGAGCCCACAGUCUCUGUUCUGGAUGGGGUUGAGGGCCGGGCUCACAGUCUCU